AGGUCACUGAAGACACCUCAGGAUCAGGAGGACCAGGGGCUGACACCAGGCAGGACUGGUCCACACUGAUGCUCCAGGGUUCCUUCUACCAUCCCAGCACACUGGCACUCGUCAGCAGAGUGAAGCCCUGUCAACGUACUUCCCUCGCCUCAGGUGACUUUGUGUGCUCAGUGUGCCAAAAGAUAUUCCCCCUGCAGCGCAUGUUGACCCGCCAUCUGAAGUGUCACAGCCUGGUGAAGAGACAUCCUUGUCGAUUCUGUGGCAAAGGAUUCAACGAUACCUUCGACCUCAAGAGGCAUAUGCGAACACACACAGGUAUCCGUCCCUACAAGUGUGAGCUGUGUGAGAAAGCCUUCACACAGCGCUGCUCUCUGGAGUCCCAUAUGAGGAAGAUUCACAGCGUUCACCAACAGUAUGCCUACCGCCAGAGACGUUCCAAGAUCUUUGUGUGUGAGGACUGUGGUUACACUUCAAGCCGCCCAGAUGAGUACUUCCUCCAUGUGAGACAGUGCCACCCUGGCAGUCCUGCACUCCGCAGGUACUACCGCCGCCAGGCCCAUGAGAACAGCAGCUUUGCACCAGCGGAGCGUAAACUCAACCCCUAUUUGCUGUACUCAACCCCUGCUUACUACAUGUAGGAAGUCAAAACCUCCCAAGACAUAACAUACUGCAGCAUAUAUAAUCAGAAAAGUGUGUUCAUUGUAGCUAAAUCAAUAGAACUUCUUUCCUUUGUUACUCACUGGCAUUAUCUAAUUAUGAAAACCCCAGUUAUUAAACCAUAUGUUUCUGUAUUGUUUAAUAUCAAGUUAUUCACUUCACACACGACAUAUUCCUUACAUUGGGAACCAUUAUUAAAUGACAGGUAGCAUUAUGGAAAACCAGGCAAAGCACUAAGUUCUGCAUUUAUGUAAACAUAAAUUGAACAAUAAAAAUACUUAAAGUAAAUGCUAAUACAAUUGAUAUAAAACUGUGUAGACUAAAGUAAAUGAUGGACAAAAAAAAUAACUCAUUUGUCUUUCUUGUCUGAUAUAAUUCCAGAUUUGCCAUUUAGUUUUAUACAUGACAACAUUUAUGUAUGUUAAAAAGAACAAUACGAAAUCCUACAGUUUGCGGGUGUCGUUAAUGCAGCAAGUCAAAUCGGACAUUGACAAGCUUCCGAAAUUACCACUUGUCCUGAAUGAAGCAUAGUUGAUGUACUGGAUGUCGGCAGGGCUGGACAUCCAACCCAGCAUUCCUGCAGGCUGCAGCUGCUACUAUUUGAUUUAUUGUGAAAUAUUAGGGUUAAAUUUUGUGAAAUCCUGGAAAUAAUUUAGUGUAGACUCGUUAAUCUAUGAUAAUUUCUAAGAGCGUCUUCAGCCACAAUACUUUUGAGAAACACCUCUUAAGCUUAUGAAGGUUCA